AUGAUCAAUGUGCUUAUUGUUCACGCUUCCGGAGAAGGAAGCACUCUCACUCGAAUGACCGCCCUUGUUUGGCUGAAUCGUUUCUUGGAGAUGGACUCCGUUGCUCCAUUGCAAUAUCUUUCGUCAUAUCUUACUGCUGUGCUACCUUAUCUCAGUGAUCCCCAGCUCAAAGCGAAAGAAAUUAAUGUUCGCCUAAUGGAGAUGCUUUCUUCGAGGGACACCGACAUCGAGUAUGACGCGGUUAUCAAAGUAUUGCUGAAACACAUCAAACACGAAAAUAGGGACACCAGGAUGGCUGUUCUCAACUGGAUUAGUCAGAUGCAUCGCACUGCUGCUGCCAAAUUAUUUACGUACAUGGAUCGCAUCUUCCCACUGCUUCUUUCUCUGCUUUCGGAUACAUGCGACGAUGUGCUGUUGCUGGAUUUGCAAUUGCUCUCUGAAAUAUGUGAAGGAAAAAAUACAGGUGGUGUGGAGCUGCACGAACUCCAUCUUGCCGAGAGUACCCUGAAGCAGCUUUCAGGUCUAUCGCCGUACUUGGUAAAAUUUGCUUCAAGUUUGCUAACAAUGUUCCAGUGUGAUACGGCGUUGCGAAAUGACAGAGGUGUUUUAAUCAUCAGGCAGCUGUGCCUUCUGUUGGGCUCGGAUUCUAUUUAUCGUUGUUUGUCGGUGCUCCUGUUGCAAUAUGAGGAUAAGGAAUUCGUGUCACAAAUGGUCGCUGUACUGAAUGGCAUAUUACUCACAUCAGCUGAGCUUUUUGAGAUGAGGAAGCAGCUGAGAGCACUCGAAUCGGAUAAUUACGAACAUGCAAGUGUGUUGGCGCGACAUCUCUGGAAGGUGGAUGUAACAGUUGGUGUGCUGAUUGAAAUCGAUCGUCUUGUGCAACUCAUCGAAAGUCCCAUACUCUCCUAUGUGCGGCUUGAUUUGCUGGAUGCGAAACAUCAGCGUCCCCUGGCGGCAGUCCUGUCGGCUUUGCUGAUGAUGUUGCCUCAGACAGAUGCAUUCAAUACACUACUCAAACGCUUGCAG